AUGGCCAAGGCAGCAAAAGUCACCCUGUGCAAGUACCAGGCCAUACAGUGGCACGUUCAGGCACUCCUCCGUCGCGUCUCGUGUCAGACUGGGAAGCUCGAGAGCACCAUUCGCCCUCAAACGCCGGCCGCAGUUUACAACAGGUGUCACGGCGAUUUCAGCUCUUCUUUGGAGAACCUGAAAGAUUCCUUCCAGCAGUGUUCCAUCGAUGGGACAGGUUGGGCGACUGUCACCUCUAUCUCAGCCGUGAUGAAGAAAGCUGGGAUAACCACCGACGAGGCGGCAGUUCUACUCUUGGCGAACGAGCCUGGCAUCCGCAAUAAUCACAACAACACCGGGUACGCGCACGAACAAAGACAGGACAACUCGGCAGCAAAAUCCGCACCCAGAGCCCCGCUGGUGUACUGGCCCAACAUCAUCGACUUCGUGGAGCAAGGACCUGCCCGUGGCUUUGGGUACCGUGGCAACGACGUUCAGUGUACGGAGAAGUGGCGUACCUCAACCUCGAGCACGAAUAAUAUCCCGCCGGUCGCGAAACAUCGGUUCGAUAGCGGAGCCAAGAAAUCGACCACGCCGGAGGACUUGAACGUGUCUCCAUCGGGGGCGGGACAAUUGAAAGACGACGAAAACCCGGAGGGUAUCGCUGACAGUGUCGAUCUGAGGAGGAACGAUGACUUCGGGAGGAACGCUCUGUACUACGCGUGUCUAUGCGGCCAUGCGCAUGCGGCGCACUUCGUAGUAGUCCGUGCCUACGGUGACGUCGAGGGAAUCCCACAAAAGGAACGGCGGGAGUGUCGCAUGAACGCCCUGUCGGAAGAAAUUCGGCGCUACCUCGACACCGGAAUCUCGUCUGGUGCAACCCCUCGAACGCAAGAGGCGAAACAAGACGAGGGACGACCGGCGCAAGCGGUACCGCCAGACCGGGAGAAGUAUCACCACUCAGGGGCUGAGAGAAUAAAGCCCGAUGGCGCGCGGGAGCAUGUAGGUAGCGCAGGGAGCAAUGGUAGGGCGGUGGACGCUCGCGAGAGCUCUUUGAGCCUGGCACACAACGCUGCAUCGUCCGCGGAGGGGGCGCUCUCCGUGGCAUCGCUGUUCGGAUGGGGGCAUGACCGGCAAAAGGACGCGGACUACUAA